AUGGAGUUGGAAUGGCAGAGUCCUCAACUAAACCGGAAACUAAACAGCAAGGCCUGUGAAUCUAUUGAAAUUGAAGGAGAUGACGGCAAAAAUUGUUCCAAUACACCGAAAGCCCACUCCAAUAGACUCCCUGCCACAAACGAAUCUCCACUCCCUCAUUGGAACACUCGACGAGGGAAGCUCUUUGCAGUCAAAGCUUUGGCAAUCAUAUUAUUAUUGGGAUAUGUCGGUCACGAACGUGGGCUGUCAGUCGUCCAAAGGGUGAGCUCUGGACGGCGGUUGACCUAUGUUUCCCCAUCAGAGUUACCCUUGCAACUAGCAUUGUCCGUUUCUGUGCCUUCCCGGUUGCCCCCGACUGGUGCAGAGCAACAACAACAACAACAAGAGCAACAACAAGAGGGGCAACAACAGUUGAGUGUAGAAUCAUCUACCAACACAACAAACUUGCGAGGAAUUUCGGAAUCUAAAACAAAAACUAGGCCAUCUUCUUCAACAACCACAACGGAUGAAGAUUCCAAGGAUGCGAAUAGUUUUGUACAAAAGGGCGACUAG